CACAAACUUUUACCACCUGAGAAAAAAAUAUAUAUUUACAAAUCAGUGAUGAUGGGGUUUUCUGCGAUGCUAGCGCAACUGAUCACUAUUGCAAUAUUGGUGUUGUUCCCAACAUCAUCAUCCGCUGCUAUUCCAACGACAACAGUUAUCGCCAAACCCGACUGCGAUGAUCAUUGUGGGAAUGUCAAAAUCCCGUAUCCAUUCGGCAUGACAAAAGAUUGCUAUCUAAACAAAUUCUUUUUCAUCAAUUGUGACGUUUCUUUCAACCCUCCAAAAGCCUUUUUAGGGAGUAGUAAUGUAAAUGUUACAGACAUAUUUCUGGAUAAAGGUCAGAUACAAAUCUUGAAGUAUGUAAGCUAUGACUGUUAUGAUCGGCAGGGGAACAACACGGAUUAUCAGUUAUACUCCCUCAGCUUAUCCAAAUUCACUGUCUCAGAUACCGAAAAUAAGUUCACAGCAGUUGGUUGUGACACUUACGCCAUUGUUCAGGGCUUCAAAGGUGAUGGCCAGCGGUACACCGCCGGCUGCAUGUCCAUAUGUGACCAGAAAGAGGCUGUCAUCGUAGAUUCCUGCUCCGGCGCCGGCUGUUGUCAACUUUCGAUCCCUGAAGGGCUGCAGAACUGGACGGUGAAGUUAGAUAGCUAUUACAAUCAUACAAACGUAUCGGACUUCAAUCUAUGCAGCUAUGCCUUUGUCGCCAAAGAAAGUGAAUUCACCUUCACCAAAGACUCUUUUCAAGACCUAGCUCACCGAGAAAAGCUUCCUCUGGUGCUUGAUUGGUCAAUUGGAAAUCAAACCUGUGAAGUGGCUCAAAUGGACAUGGAUAAUUAUGCAUGUAAAGCCGUUAAUAGCAUCUGUACUACUCUACCUCGCGUCAAGGGUUCUGGGUAUAUCUGUAACUGCCCCAAUGGGUACCAAGGUAACCCAUACCUCCUCGAUGGUUGCCAAGGUAUGAUCAUACUCGAUGUUUGACAGAAACAAUGAUUCCCAUCUCUCGAGAUUAUGAUAAAAUAUAGUUAUUUGAGAUCAACCCGACCUUUUUCAGGUGGUAACUUGAAGGUCUCUUUAAUCUCUCAAGUGUGUACGAGUGUUUUUGCGUUUGAAUUUGAUUAUUUUUAAUUUUUAAUGCAACUAUAUAUAUUUAUAUAUAAAUAAUCUUAUUUUAUAUAUCGAUAGAUAUGAAAGAGAUAAUUAUUCUUAAGCAUGUUACUGU